AUGAAGACUGCCCGACGACCACGAGCUUAUCUGGCACUCACCCUGAAUUUGGUGGCACUGACGUUCGCCGUGUCAGCGGUCACCACCAGCUACUGGUGCGAGGGGACACGGAAGGUGGUGAAGCCCUUCUGCACAGGCCCCGUAUCCCCCAAGCAGACUUACUGCAUCCGCUUCAACAGCUCCAACCUAAACGACAGCCGGCUGGUGCAGUACAUCUGGGAGACAGGCGAGGACAAGUUCAUCAUGAGGAAGUUCCACACAGGGAUCUGGGUGUCCUGCGAGCAGAGCAUCAACAUGAUCGGGUUCACCUGCAGAAAUUUUUUAGAAAUCGCACCUGCGCAUGAAAGAGGAGUGCUGUGGCUGUGCAUCGUGGCAGAAUGCUUUUACAUCGGCCUACUCUUCAUGGGCGGGCUCCUCAUGUCCUUGGAGAUGUGUUGCUGCUGCAACCUCAUGAAUGGACUCAAGAUGAAUGCCUUUGCUGCAGUACUCACUGCCCUGUCAGGGCUGCUGGGAAUGGUGGCGCAUAUGAUGUUCACCACCGCCUUCCAGCUGAGUGUGAGUCUGGGCCCUGAGGACUGGAGACCCAAAACCUGGGACUACAGCUGGUCAUACCUUUUGGCAUGGUGCUCUUUCGCCGCUUGUAUGGCGUCUGCAGUGGCAACGCUGAACAGGUACACGAAGACUAUCAUCGAGUUCCGACACAAACGGCGUGUCUUGGAGAAGCACCUGCGACUGGAACAGAAGCUGAUGGAGCUGGACUCCCCGCUGUGGGACCUGUACGUCAGCUCCGUCCCCAGCACCACCGAGGAACUGUUGGAGCUCUCCAGCAAGCCGUCCGAUUCCUCUGUCUUCCUAGAACCGAAUGGGAUGGCGGACCUACCGAACCCACCGGGGCAGCCAGAAGAUUACUGCUGA